CGGUUAUUGCGUUCUUUGGGUAGAAAUCUGAUGAAGACAUGAAUAACAUCCGUAAAGAAACUAAAACGUCAUCGUUUCCACAUCAUCUUAUAAAGCUAUAAAAACAAGAGUCAAUGACAUUGAGUUCAAUGUUACAAGAAGAAUAACUUUUGUUUAAAACAAAGACUCUCGACGUCUAACAUUUGAAAUUACAAGUUCCAAUAUAACUAAUCAACCAGUAUGAAUAUUAAAUUAGCCGUUCUCGUUGUCUUAGCAACCUUGUGUAGUUUAGGUGAAGUGCUCGCAGCACCAACACAAGCAGCUGUAAGAGAUGCUAACACCGCAUCCGCACCAACUAUUACUAAUACAGACGGCGAGCUCACUCAGUUUUCUGAUAAAGUUGAAUUAGAGGAAGAUGAAUACUCAGACGACGAAUACUCAGACGACGAAUUAACUGAUGGUGAUAAUGAAGAUGAGUUUGGUGAUGAAGACGGUGAACUUACUCUAAUUUAUGAUGAAGACGAAUCAGAGGAAGAUGAAGGUGAAGGUGACGAUGACGAUGAUUAUGAAGACGAGAAUGACGACGGGGAAGAUGAAUCAGAGGAAGCUGAAAGAGAAUCAGAGGAAGAUGAAUACGAUUUGGAUGGUGAAGAUGUAGAAGAAUCAGAAGAAGAUGAAGGCGAAUCAGUAGAAGAUGAAGACGAUAUGGAUGCUGAAGAUGUAGGAGUAUUAGAUGGAGAGGCAGACGAAUCAGAAGAAGAUGAAGACGAAUCAGAAGAAGAUGAAGACGAUAUUGAUGGUGAAGAUGUAGGAGAAUCAGAGGAAGAUGGAGACGAAUCGGAAGAAGAUGAAGACGAUAUUGAUGGUGAAGAUGUAGGAGAAUCAGAUGAAGACGAAUCAGAAGAAGAUGAAGACGAAUCAGAGGAAGAUAAAGACGAAUCAGAAGAAGAUAAAACUGAAGACGAAUCAGAAGAAGAUGAAGACGAAUCAGAGGAAGAUGAAGACGAAUCAGAGGAAGAUGAAACUGAAGACGAAUCAGAUGAAAACUCAAACGAAUCUGAAAACUCAGAGGGAUCAGAUGAUAGCUCUGACGAAUAGUUGGAGACAAUGGUGAUUAUAUAUGUGUUGACGACCUAUAGCUACGUAGUUAAGAUAAUGCUUAAAAUGAAAUAACUUAAGUUAAAAAAAAUUAGUUAUAUAAAAAUGAUACCGAAGAUUAGAUAACUGAUAAAAUUGGUGACCCCGAAUUUUCAAUAGAUCACACAGAACAUGAACUAAAUGAUAAAUGCACUGGGAAUGGACCAGUAAAAAAAUUAACUUAGCUAAAAAUAAUAAUUUUCUGUUGUUCGAAGAAUGCAAAUGAAUUGUUUUAAUAAAUGUUAGUCUCAAUAUUCAGGUUUUAUAUCAGCCAUUAUUUUUAUAUUUUAUAUUUUACAUCUUUAUGGUUGAUUUUAAAAAAAAAAAUAAAUAAAUGUCUGAG